CUGACCAGCAAAACAUCACAGGUGCUGUAGAGUGAACAGGGGAUUUUCACUGUAAUCACCAGACUCCAAUCUUAUUUCACCAUGUAUCAUCUAAAUACCUCGGACUCCAACUCUACGUUCUCUUGGAAUUUUGAUUCUGUAGUCUCCAGCUGUGUCCUUGGGCUGUGCUGCCUGGUGGGCAUCCCUGGCAACAUUGCAGUAAUCAUGCGUGUACUUCAUAAUUACAAGAAAGUGAAUUUCACUCUGCAGCUGAUGCUGAACCUGGCUAUCUCUGACCUCUUGUCCCUCCUAACACUCCCAGUGUCAAUCUACUCUCUGUUGCAUGGGUGGAAUUUUGGCCGCGUUCUUUGCAAGCUUUUCUCCUACACAGUUUACUGCUGUUUAUACACCAACGUGCUGAUGGUCACCCUGAUGAGUGUGCAUCGUUACCUGGCGGUGCUGUACGAACAAUUAUGGGCAAGACUGCAAAGGACAGGUGAGUGGAUGCUGCUGCUUUCAAUUUGGGUGCUGGCAUGUCUCCUUGCCUCUCCAAACAUCUUUACCCGGGACAUCGUGGACAAGAAAAAGUUGCUUAGGUGUCAAAAGAGCAGAAUAUCAGACGGGGUGAAAGUGGCCAUUCUAUUCAUGGAAACUCUGCUGGGGUUUGUUGUGCCUUUCUCCAUCCUGGUCACCACUUACUUCUGUCUCCACAAGAAAGUGAACCAGACCGCCUUCUUCAGCAAUCAACGAAUGACCAGGCUGGUGACCAGCAUCGUGGUCACCUUCUUCAUCCUCUGGUUUCCUGCACAUGUGAUAAACCUGCUGGACAUCAUCACCACCCUCCUGAGAGAAUCCCAGCCAUCUGUAUAUGAGAAGUUGAAGACCUUUAGGAGAGCCGGUGGGGACAUUGCUAAGACUUUGACCUUCAUCAACAGUUGUGUGAACCCCUUCCUAUAUGCCUUUGCAUUGCGUCCACGGAGCCGCAAUUCAUAGCAGUCAGAGAGAAAGAAGGACUGUCAGGCAAGAUAUUCCUGAAGUUGUCUUGCCUUCUUCCACUUCUUGGAUUCUAAGGCUUUGUGGCCAUCCAGUUUCCUUUUUUCCGAAAGUACCAGUAAGUUUUCCAACAAUUUUAUUGUUGCAAAUACUUGUAUGUAUUUAGGUGCCUGUUAGCAGUAUCCAUGCUAUAGCUGUUUGCAUUGAGCAAAUCUCACUAUGAGUAGAGUUAAACUAAAUGUUAUAAUACUGGGUAUUCCACAUUGGUUCAAAAGUGUUUAUUAUUAUUAUUAUUAUUAGUAUUAUUAUUAUUAUUAUUAUUACAUUACUUGAUUUUUAUGAAAUCUUGAAAUUGAUAAGCCCUAUAUUGGAAAUCCUUUUUUGUUUGUUGUGUAGGAGAAAAUUCACAGAACAAGGUGUUCUUCCUCUGUUUUAUGACAAUCACAAGUCAACAUCAGACUAAACCGUCAAACCAUUAGAGUUGAGCAAGCUGGUUCCUCCAAAACUCUUAAAGCUUCAUACCAAAGGUGCACCAAUAUAUAUGUGGCCUAUAAUCAAUGUAUCACAUGUAUGCUGCCUAUUACUCAUAUAAUCAAUAUGUAAUCCAAUGAAAUUAUAUCAUUAGUUCUAGAUGAGCUUAUGGAAACACAAGAUACCACAGUGUCAACUGUAGAAUAUGUAAUCCAAUGAACCUAUAUCAUUAAUUACAGAUGAGCUUAUGGAAACGCAAGAAACCACCAUUAAUCCAGUAUUAAAGUAUGAUAUGUAACCUGUAUAUUCUCAAACUAAUUAACAGCUAAUUUGUGCUAGAAGUACACAGUGACCCAUAUGUAACCUGAGGUGAAUAAAAUGAUGUGUAUGCUUGAAAGGAAAAUCGAACAGCACCAUGUUUUGCACAAGUCAUAUUUUCUCUUUGUUAAAAAGCAGCUGGCGGGGCAGGUCGUCUUGACCAGCUUAUGAAGCAGGAAGUCUUGCUGUGAGGGCCAUAUUUGGCAAAGACAGUUUGCAGUACAGGAUAUUGUGUAUGCCUGUACAAUGUGAUAUGAAAAUGUGUUUCAAGAAUAGCCUACAAAGCAAAAUUGUAAUUUGGGCGAUUGCCACAAGAUCCUUGGGUGACCAGAGAACAGGUGGUUGUAAGAAUAGCUUACAAAGCAAAAUUGUAAUUUGGGCGAUUGCCAUGAAUCUAUUCUUAAGAACAGCUAACCAAGCAAAAACCAUUGUGGCAAUACAGAGACCAGCUGAUAUUUUUAGGAGGAGUUUAGGAGACAUGUUGAAAGCAGUGUAUAAAAUAUGUGUGCAACUGUCAAUCGAGGUCCACUUCUGCAGAACUGGUCCGGCUUUAUGCACUUGCGCUUAAUAAAGUCUGAUUUUUCUGAA